AUGGAUCCGCUCAGUAUCACAGCCAGCAUAAUUGCAGUGCUCCAGCUCUCGGUGAAGGUCCUUGGAUACUUCAACGACGUUAAAAAUGCAUCCAACGAUCAGGCCAAGUGCGCAGUUGAGGCCUCGAACAUACACAGUCUCCUUACUAAACUGAGGUUCCGCCUUGAGGAGGGAAAGGCCGAUGCGCAGUGGUGCACCGCUGUCCGAGCCCUUGGAGUGGAGAAUGGACCGCUCGACCAGGUUAAGCAAGCGCUGAAAACACUUCAGACCCACAUGACAGAUAGAGGUCGACUACGACAGGCGCUAGUGUGGAAGUUCAAGAAGGAGGAAAUUGCAGGCAUUUUGGACAGAAUUGAGCGUUUGAAAACACUCAUAUUGAUCGCGUUAGAGAUGGACCACUUCAAACUGUCUCAAGCCAUUAAAGGCGAUACUAACUUCAUUCGAGCACGCGUAUCAGCAAUACAGUCUGGGGUUGACCAGAUUCAGCAAGGUCAAGCCGAUGCAAAGCACAAUAAGAUAGUGGAAUGGAUCUCGCCUAUGAACUACCCCGCCCAGCAAUCAGACAUCAUAAGCCGCAGACAGGAGGGGACGGGUCAGUGGUUUCUCGACGCGCCCGAGUUCGCAAGGUGGCUCGGUGAGCCGAAGGGCAGAAUCUUCUGCCCAGGGAUUCCUGGCGCCGGCAAGACGAUGGUGGCCGCGAUUGCGAUCGACCACCUGUUACACUCUACGCAGAACAGAUCGAUAGGAGUUGCAUACGUGUAUUGCAACUACCAAGAGCAGAACGAGCAGAACGCCUCUAGCAUGCUGGCAGCCAUCGUCAAGCAGUUGGUGCAAAAUCUACCGCCCGCGGCAAAGCCUGUAGAACUACUACACCAGAAGCAUCACGUUCACGGCACGAAGCCAACAGUUGAUGAGAUCUUCAGCGCCCUCGAAGAAGUCGUUGGGGAUUAUUAUAUAGUCUAUAUCGUGAUCGACGCUCUGGACGAAUGUCGAGACAGCGACGGCACUCGGCGCCAGUUUCUAGCCAAACUCCGCGAUCUUCAGGCGGGACAUGACGUUCGCCUAAUGGCAACCUCGCGUUCUAUUUCAGAAAUUAUGAAUUGGUUUAACGAAGGACUGAAGCUGGAGGUGCAAGCUAGUAAAGAGGAUGUGAAGCGAUUCGUGGCUGGCAGGAUGUGUGAACUGCCAAAGUGUAUUCAACGCGACCCUGAGCUACAGGAGGUCGUCCAAGAAAAGAUCUCAGAGGCAGUAGACGGCAUGUUUCUUCUUGCUCGCCUCCACACUGAUUCGCUGCUAGACAAGAGAACGAAGAAGGACGUGAGGUUAACAUUAGCUAAGCUGUCUAAAGGCUCAGCCGCACUCGAUGACGCAUACAAGAAGGCAAUCCAACGCAUCGAGGGCCAGUUAAGCGGAGAUUACGAACUAGCCAAAACAGUGCUGUCAUGGAUCACGUAUGCGAAACGGCCGCUUACUACGACAGAAAUUUGCUGUGCUCUGGCAGUAGAGCCGAGCGAUGCGGAGCUCGACCCCGAGAACGUACCUGAUGUUGAGGACUUAUUAUCCGUGUGUGCUGGACUGGUCGUCGUUGACCAAGAAAGUGCUGUCAUCCGUCUUGUACAUUACACCACCCAAGAAUACCUCGAGCGUAUCCAAAAUAAAUGGAAUCCUGGCGGUCAACUAAAUAUGGCCUCAACAUGUCUCACAUACCUAUCAUUCGACAUAUUCAAAACUGGGAGCUGCUCCUCUGACGAAGAAUUCAAAGAGAGGCUUCGAAAAAGCCAAUUCUUAGACUAUGCUGCUAAACAUUGGGGAGAGCAUGCAUCAGCAACGGAAGGAGAGACAGCACUGAUAUUAGAAAGAAGAGAUAGCGAGGACCAGACUCCUCUAUAUCUUGCAGCACAACUUGGACAUCAAAAAACGGUGAAGCUGCUGCUCGACAAGGGCGCCGAAGUUAAUGCACAAGGCGGAGAAUACGGCAACGCACUACAGGCAGCUGCAGCUAGGAACCAUACAGCUAUUGUCGAGCUCCUACUCAACAACGGCGCUGAUGCCUCGCGACACGAUAGCCAGGGAAAAAGCAUCUUGCAUUAUGCUACCAACAGUGUGGAUUGCAACCUUGGUUUGAUCGACCUUCUGCUCUCACGAGGCGCUCCAGCAAACACGACCGAUAUCAACAACAUGACACCACUGCUUUACUGCGUCAAGCACGGCCACAAAUCUAUAAUAGAAUUAUUUCUUGACAAUGGCUUGUCCAUUGAUGCCUGUGCUAAUCGAAAGCCGUGGUCUCGGAACACUGUAAAGACCGAUACCUUGUCUCGAUCAUCGGUUUCGGAGUCCGAGUCCGACAUUUCGGGCACUUCAGCUGGCCUGACACCUCUACACUUUGCGGCCUUGACUGGAAAUCUAGCCAUGACCAAGUUCCUUCUGGAGCAUGGUGCUGAUCCGAACGCUUUGUCCCGAUACAACGAGUCCCCGAUGCAUCUCACGUUGCGUAGAACCCUGUAUGGACCAAGUUAUGACGACGAUUGGACCGACAAGGACUUCCGGAUAGAAGGCCGUUGGGACCUCUUAUUCAUUGUUGAAGAAGAAGAAGAACAGGAUGCAAUUUCUGAGAAUAUAACAAAGCAUCGCGAAGGUGUGCUUGAUGCCCUACUCGCAGAUACUCGGACCAGUCCAACCAUAAGAGACUAUCAACAUAACUACCCUUUGCACUGCGUUAUGUAUCAAGAACCUGAAAGUAUGUUGGUAAUUCAGAAACUGGUAUCCGGAGGAGCAAACCCGUUGGAAAGGAACUUGAAGCAGCAAAAUGCACUGCACCUCGCUAGUCAAGCUGGCAACCACGACGCGGUUACUUUUCUAAUUUCCCUAGGAGUUGAUCCUGCCUUAACGGACAAUGAAGGGCUCAAUUCUCUUCACUACGCUGCACAAAGUGGAAACCAUGAAACGAUCGAUGUCAUUUUAGAAACUGCUCUGCCAACAACACCAAGCCUAGUGGCGUCGAAGGAUAAUCAAGGCAGAAACGCGCUCCACCACCUGGCUUCUACGAACUCUAGAGUUCCGCACGAGACAAUCCAGUUGCUGCUCGACAAGGGAGUAGGCGGUUCAGAGUUAGACGCAUCUGGCAACUCACCGUUGGCGAGCUACUUCAAACGACCACGUUUGGGUGCACUAUAUGUCGAAACCUGUCAAUCAUUGCUUUCGGUCAAAGGAAACGCUUUGUUUGUCGACAAAAAUGGACAAAACCUAGGACACUUGGGCGCUUUGACUUUUAAAUGCAAAGUUGAAGUUUUAGAGAUGCUAAAGGAACACGGUGUCGAUCUAAUGCAGAGAGACUUGCAGGGUAAGACAAUAUUGCACUAUUUUGCGAUGGGCGGAUUUCUUACCAAGCAAUCUUUGCAUUAUCUUGUCCAUGUUGUCGGUAUUGAGAUAGAUGCAAAGGACGCGUUGGGAAAAACAGCGCUGCAACAUGCAGCAGAGAAGGCACGGAAAGAUUAUCCCCGAGAUAUGUUCUGUCGUGGACGCUGGGAUGAAUGUGUGAAGCUAUUGUCGGAACACGGUGCUAGUUCAACAGCUUCUAGAGCUAUAGAGGGCUAGAAAAAGCUUUUCUUAUUGUCCUUUCUAUGCACUGUUUAUCUUUUUAGAUGUUUUUUAGUCGCCGCUUCUAUUGUGUUGUAAACUAUAGUUCAGCUCUUUAGUUUAGUAUCUCCAACAUCUUUUCUUACGCGAUGGAAUUGUCAAGUCACUAUAACAUAGUUUGGAGCGAGCGUGGGCUUAAUCAGGACUGCCG